AUGCUCGAAAAGAUUACAAAAGUGUAUGCAAACCAUGGCAUGCCCAUCGAAUGCGACGUUUACACCGCCGUGCCCCCCGCAGGACCGGACGUACCCGUCGCGCUCUUCUUCCAUGCCGGUGCGCUGACGGGAUGGGGCCGAGACUGUGUCCCGCCAUGGCUGGUCCAGGCUUGUUAUAAGCAGAGGUGGCCGCUCAUCAGCGCGAGCUACCGGCUGAUGCCGCAGACAGGCACCGACGGUUUGGCAGAGGACGUGGCGGCGGCGUAUGACUUUGCGCAGAACUGGGACUGCGGCGACGAUGGGAGGAAGAAGCGGCGCGUCAUUGUCGUGGGUGCCAGCGCAGGCUUCUUUCUCGCCUCCUUCCUCGGACGCGCCGCCAGCCCGCCGCCGCUCGCGCUCCUCUCCAUCGCGGGCAUCAACACCUUCACGCACCCGUUCUACCGCUCCUCCGUGCUCCUGACCCCCUCGCCCACGCCCCCUUCCGCCGUCGCACCGGCCCUCUCCCCCGACUCGCCGCUCAUGGUCGGCCGCUCCGUACCCAACGGGCACGACGGCGCCGCCAGCUUCCGCGUCUCUGCUCUCCGCGAGGACGGCGCGCGCGAUCCGGCGUGGACGCCGCCGGUGGUGGAGGACGCGCGGACGGAGGGGCAGCGCGCGGUGGACGAGGCGCGCGGGCUGCUGUAUCGGUACCUGGUGCACGGGAACGAGUGGCCGGGGAUGACGGCGGCGCUGGACGGCGGGCGCGAGUGGGACGGCUGGGAGACGGAGCGUAGGGGGAGGUGGCCGAGGACGGUGGUGGUGCACGGGGAUAGGGAUGAGGCAGUGCCGCUGGCGGUGAGUGAGAGGCUGCGGGAGGUGAUGGGCGGGGAGCGGGUGACGGUGCUGGUCGCGGAGGGGAGGGAUCACUUGUUUGAGAGGGCGUUGUUCCUGGAGGACGAGGAGCCGGGGAUGGACGCGGUGAGGGCGGCGGCAGCCAAGUUGGUGGAGGUUGUGAAGGAGGAGUUGGCGUAG